UAUGCGUGGUGCUGUCAAAAAUUUUGCAAGCAACCAACGCCGGCAAACGUUUCGGCAGUGAACGUUUUCAAUUUUGUGUUAAAAAUUUAAAUAGAGUGCAUAAAAAUCAUCUUCAAAAUGUCUUUUAAAGGCAAUACGAAGGUGCAGAAGGUGAUGGUGCAGCCCAUCAAUCUGAUCUUUCGUUAUCUACAAAAUCGAUCGCGGGUACAAGUUUGGCUGUAUGAAAAUGUUUCUUUGCGCAUCGAGGGACACAUUGUUGGCUUCGAUGAAUACAUGAAUUUGGUGUUGGACGAUGCCGAAGAAGUGUGGGUGAAAACACGUACACGCAAAAAUCUAGGACGCAUCAUGCUCAAAGGCGAUAACAUAACAUUGAUACAGAACGUGAGCCCGUCAAAGGACUAAGUGGGCGAUGUAGAAGAGCAAAACAUAAAAGUGAGGUUAUGUGCUACUGCAACUGAAAUGGCGCGAUUUCUAGGCGCAGACGACUUGAGGAACGACUACAUUUUAAACAAACAUUGAAUUAAUGAAAAAAAAACACAAAUUCAUUACUAUAAUAACUUUAACUCUAUACGAAUUGUUUAUUUUUUAUCAUGCACGAAUCAUAACUCAGGUGGCUGCGUGGUGCGAAGCAAAUGCAUGUAUUUCUAUCAUACUAGAAAUUAAGUUAGUUUAAAAAACGAAUUGUAAUUGAAUUUUAAGUUCGCUCUAAUUCCAAUGAAAGUGAAAAAUAAAUGUGAAAUAUUUUAAAAAGCAAAUAAA